UCAAUCUCUCCCCCUUCCUCCCUCCUUCCCUCCCUCCCCUUCCCUUCCCUUCCCUAUAAAAAAUCCUGCGUGCCGACUGUUCUCCAUUCUUGAAUCCUCCUCAAAACCACCGCCAUGGAUAUGGAAGUCGCGGUCCCGCUGCCGAACGUGGAGUUCAACUUCGACAGCACGUCCUCUUCUCCGUUCAUGACCGCCCCCUCCAGCCCCCAGCGCUUCGGCAACUUGUAUUUCAGCGCACCCACGAGCCCCACCAGAGCCUCGGCUUUCCUUCGCGAGCUGAGGAAUUCGAGAAGGUCCCUUUCCUCGAUACCCUUCGCCUGGGAAGAGAAGCCCGGAGUCCCGAAGGGCCAAGGGAGCGAGCUGAGCGGCGGCGGCGGCGGCGACGACGACGACGACGAUUUCGAGUUCGACUUCAGUGGUCAACUGGACAGGGCUUCGGCUUCUGCCGAUGAGCUCUUCGAUGGAGGCAAGAUCAAGCCUCUCAAACCACCGCCGAGACUGCAAGCCAGCUCGGGCGACGCUGACUCGGCGAUGAGCUCGCUUCCGGCGUCCCCGAGAUCGCCGUCGAGAUUCGCUCAGGGGAAGAGGAUGGUCCAAGAAGCUCUCUCUCCUCGCCACCACAAGAGAGACUUCGACCCCUUCUCGGCAGCCUUGGAAGAGACCCGGAAGCGACAGAUGAAUCUCAACCAACACGAGGACUCGAGCCGUCCUCGCGGAAGGGAAAGAAAGGCGGGAUCUUCCUCGUCGUCGUGGAUGUCGUCGGGCAGUUAUGUACGUAAAGGGACGAGAUCUUUAUCGCCCUUGAGGGUGUCCGACAUCAUGGAGGCCGAUCGAGAAGCCGAAGAUCGCGCAGCGCCCUCCGCCUCCUCGUCCUCAUCGAGCCAUGCUUCUUCAUAUUUCUCUUCCCUGUUGUCGUCGAUAUCGUUCUCCAAGGGCUACAGGAAGUGGAGCUUCAAGGACUUCCUGCUGUUCCGCAGCGCGUCGGAGGGGCGCGGCACGGAAAAGGAUCCACUGCGCAAGUACGUGGCUCUGUCGAAGAGAUCGCCAUUUAAUUACGUAGUAGCGGACGACGUGAAGAGCUCGAGCUUCAGGUCGACGGAGAGCGUCGGCUCGGUGAGCUCGAGGAGGAGAUCAGGGGCCGCGCCAGUGUCGGCGCACGAGCGGCAUUACACGGUGAACAGAGCGGUUUCGGAGGAGAUGAAGAAGAAGACCACCUUGCCAUACAAGCACGGGCUGCUGGGUUGCCUGGGGUUCAAUCCUUCUCCGGGCGUGCACGACUUGGCCCGGGUACUGGGUCGCUAACGCGCAUGGACCGAUCCCGAUAUCGCGAUCCGAGUUAGACUCUCUCUCUCUCUCUCUCUCUCUCUCGUUCAAGAGAACUGUAGAUUUUUGUGGUCCUGUAAUAUCUCUCAUAUUCAAAGCAUAUUAAGCAUACACAAGCGAUCUCGAUUCGAUUGUUUCUUUCACGUUUGUCUUGCGCUCGUAGGCCUUAUUCCUGAAUUGGACUCGAGGGUACAAACCUUUGUAGUUAAGACUGAACGGAAACAUUGAAUCAGUCCACGGCGGCUUUUCUUCUG